AUGAGAGGGUUUAUCACUACUUCUGCUACUGCUACUGCUACUAAUAAUGAAUCUAAUCGAACGUAUCUGUUAUGUUAUAAAGAGAGAGAGAGAAUAGACGAGAAGAUGAAAAGAUAUCUAUUCUUUGUAUCGCUUGCAUUGAUUAUUAUACCUUCAAUCAUCUUUGCAGUGUUUGUGUUACCAUCAAUAUUUAAAAGAUUAGGAUAUGGAAUUAUAAUAGCAUGGGCUAUUCUAUUGGUACUUAGUCUUAAAUCACUUAUUCAUGCUAGGAUAUUGGAUCCUGGCUAUCUACCCAAAGGAACAAAUGAAUCACUUAAGGAUGAAAUGAGACACAUGGCCAUCAAUAUGGGAGAUCCUACAUCUCCAUCUCCAUCUCCUUCUCCUCAUUCAAUUCAUCAUAAUAAUAGUAAUAAUGAACAAUCAACUUCAACAAAUGAAUCAUGUACCGAUGAAGAUGAAAGCGACCACUCUGGUAGAAAAUCAAGGAAUCAUUCACCAGGUUCUGGAAGUCGUCUAGUCAUGUCAAAUAAUCCUCAACAUCAAUAUCAUUAUAAUCAACAACAUCAUCAUAAUCAACAACAACAACAACAAGAGAAUUAUAAAAAAGUUAAAAAAACAUUCUAUGUAAAUAAUAAGGAAAUAAUCAUUCACAAGUGUAAAACAUGUAAAAUUUUUAGACCACCAAGAACAUCACAUUGUACAGAAUGUAAUAGAUGUGUAUUGGAAUUAGAUCACCAUUGUCCAUGGAUUGGCAAUUGUGUAGGAAAACGAAAUUAUAGAUAUUUUGUUUAUUUUGUUUGGUCGACAGUCGGCCUGGCAUUGACGACGAUGGGAUCAUCGCUAGUCAACACCAUUUUUUUAUCACAAGAGCUUGGAGGUUUUGGAAAAUCGAUUGCAGCAUCUCCAGUCUCUAUUCUUCUCGUAGGCUUUUCAUUUCUUUUGUUUUGGACUUUAAUAGGGUUGGGUGGUUUCCAUUUAUAUUUGGUUUCAAAAUAUUCAACCACUAGAGAAGAUAUUAAAGGAUUAAAGAAUCCAUAUGCAAAGGGUUUUUUUUAUAAUUGGAAACAAUUUUGUUGUUCAAGUCAAACACCAAGUUUCCCAGAUGAAUCUGAUGAUAAUAGAAAUCAUCAUCAUCAUAAUAUUAAUAAUCAUAAUAAUAAUAAUAAUAAUAAUUCAACUAUGGUGGCAAAAACAACAAAAGUUUAUCCACCAGCAACUUAUAAUGCAUUACCAACAUCUCCAUCACUAGGUAUAAAUGAUAGUAUAAAUAAUAAUAUUGGUGAUAAUAUUAUAGAUGUCGACGACGACGAUGACUAUGACGAUGAAUAUGACUAUGAUCAAGGUAUCGAUAGUGAUGAUGCCAAUCAUAGUACAGAAGCAGUCAACUAUGAUGAUGAUGAUGAUAUUCAAGAUAGAGAUAGUCUAACAGAUGAUGAUAGAAUCAUUCUCCAACAUAGUCCCUAUCAACAAAUUAAUUCACCAAAUCCACAACAUCGAAACAACUCUUCUGUUGUUGUUCCAUUACAACAACUAGCAUCCACAUCUCCAAAUUCAUCAUCUUUUACUACAACAACUGCCACCAACACUACAGCAAUGAUCCAACCAAUUGGAAUAUUUGAUGAUGAAGAUCCAAUUGAAUUUGAACAACAUUAUAAAGAUUCUCAAAAAAUGAGAUUAUUAUCAUCCUAUGACAAUGGUGGUAGGAGUUAG